UAUUUUUGUGAGGCUUCGCGUCUAUUUUGGCGUCAAAGCGAUGUUUGAAUUUAUAGUUUUUUUUUAUUAUACAUUGUAUUUAUUUAUAAUUAUUAAUUGAAGAAACCAAGUGGAAACAUGGCGGAAAAACAAUUGUACGAUAUAUUCCAAACUGCAGAAAACUCGCUCGCGAAUCAUCCAAGACUUAUACACAGAUUGAUCAACGUUUACAGCCAGUACCCGUUCGAAGAAUUCUUCAAAGGAUUUGUGCACUGUUUAGAGAUCAUAUUUCACUAUCCCAUAGUACAAUCUAGGAAGACAUGUAUAAAAAGUUUGGAUUUUGGUGCACAGUUCACAGCCAAUGUGAUGAAGCAGGCUGAAAAUGAAUCAAUAGAUGAAGAUUUUGAGACUCCUCAGUUCAUAUGUAAAAUAAUAAUGCAAGCAUUAGAAUAUACUGACCUAGCACAAGAGAAUAUGAGGUAUUAUUCCUGCCAAUUCAUAAAUUUGGUGCUCAAACAUCUCGGGGAGAAUGCACAGUUAGAUGAUGAUUUAUAUCUUGCAAUUCAAAAUUCUAUGCUUGAAUCAAUUAAUGAUCGACUUCCAAGCAUCAGAUUGCAAUCAAUAACAUGUUUGUUGCGUUUACAAGAUCCUCUGAACAAUGACUGCCCUGUAAUCAAGGCAUUUAUUAAUUGUUUGGCUGAUCCAAAUGUAGCUGUGCGUUCUACUUCUGUAAAGACUAUUGCUGUGACCUCUGUAACAAUACCAAAAAUAGUAAAGUGCUUGUAUGAUCAAAAUCAUUUUGUGAGGAGUGAAGCUACGCUCAAGUGUGCUCAUAUAAAUCCAAUCUACUUUCGAAUCCAGGACCGUCAAAAAGUUCUGCAAAAAUUAUUCAAUGAAGAUAAUAAGGUUGUCAAGAAGUGUUUUCAUGAUGUACUCUUUCCUAAGUGGUUGGGAGAAUAUAAGAACGACAUACUUAAAUUUCUUAAAUCAAUUAAAUUAGAUGGCGACGAUUCUGAUAUCAAUACCGUUGAUUCACUGACCAAGAAUAUUUUGGAGGUUUAUUUUAAAUCAUUUCCAAUAAAUGAUAUAAUCGCUGGUUUAAAUUUAAGCGAAAAUAAGUUGAUUCCAUAUGAAAAAUUAUCAAUGGAAGUUGUGGCGUAUUGGAACACGCUGAUCACACAUUUGAGGAAUAACGAGAUGGACGAUUAUUUAGAUGAUUUGCAACCGGAACUGCUGCAUUUCUGCAAUUAUAUUGACAAGUUUAUUGCAAAUAGUUUGGAUGAACUGAUGAACAAGAAAAUGGAUGACUGGCAAAUGCUUGAAUUCCAGUAUAAGUUGAACAUUUUAAUGGUGAUGGCAGGCGAAAAGGAUCUUGCAGACGAGGUCGGGAGAAAGGCGUUACAUGCGCUAAUAUUAAAUAUAUUACAACACAAUAAAUUACACACGAAAACAUUAUAUACUGUAAUUAAUAUUUUGAGUGAAUUGUCCAAUACUCCUCAAGAAUUUUCCAUGGAGAUAUGCACUUUAAUAUCGGAUAUUCGGGAACCUCUUAUAGAGGAGGAGGAGGAAAUGAUUCCAAAUGAACAGCCGAGAAACACCCUCGAUAACAAUUUUAAAUUGGCUAGGAUGAAAUUGAAAUUGGACGUUUUGAUAGAGGAGAGGGAAGAAGCGAAGAAUGAAGAGAACUUCCAGCUUGCAGCGGAGAAGCACGAAGAAGUUAAGAAAUUAAGUAAGGAAGUGGCAGAUAUGGAGUGUGUUCCAAUUGCAGUUAAGAAGACGACGAAGGUGAAGAAACUGCAAGACGACUCGGGGACUAUCACCCAAUAUUUGGAUAUCUUGAUAGUGGUUUUGCAGAUAGUGAGAAAACUGGAUGAUAACCUACAUACUUGCAUUAAAGAAGUUCUACAUCCAUUGAUGGAUAACCCGACGGAUGAUGUGUGUUUACGUGUUUUCAAAUGCAACUGUUUGCUCUCUUUACUGGACAAGGAAUACGCUUUCGAUAAUAUCAAAAUGAUAGCAACGCCAAUAGUAAUGUUCCAUUAUAUGUCCAACUAUGAUCUAGACAUAUUAAGCGCUUCGAUGGGGGCUAUUGCUGAUCUGGUUGUUUUGUAUGGUACCAGUUUACUGGGCAAUGGGUCGGACACGACAAUACAGAAAAAAAAUAGUCGCCGUCUCUACAACCAGGGCGAAUUUAAUUUUGAAAAUUUGGAUAUGGAAGAUUACUCCUCGGAGGAAGUCAUGAAUAUAAUUAUAGAGAUUAUGGACGAUGAAAACGUUGUUUUGAGCGAGGUCGCUGUGAAUGCGGUUGCUCGACUUUUGAUGGCCGGGGCUUUGGUUACUCCGAGUCUUAUUUCUCGUGUCCUUUUGAAAUACUUAAAUCCGAUGAUGGUGAAGAACAAUCCGAAAUUGCAGCAGAUGCUCAUCUCUGGUCUCCUUUACUUCGCGAACAAAUACACGAACGCCGUCGAUGUGAUUGCCAAAGCGGUCUUCUCUACUUUAAAUAUGAUCGUGAACGCUCCAAAAACCAACCCCCUGUCCGAAAUCGAUAUAGAUAAUACCAUACAUUUUCUGGCGGGUUUAACGAAUAACGCUGGGAAAGAUACAUUGGUGAAUGCCCAUCAAGAUUUAUAUUUGGAACUAUGCACCAAACUCGUCAAAUACCCAAAUGACAAUUGCUCAGGAGUUUGGAUAAAAAUGUUGCUGGUUUUGCAAUUACCCACAGAUGACAAACUAGUUUUAAACGAAAUAAAGCAGAGGAUAGAAAUCAUCAUAGAAGAACUAACAGACAAAGUAUUAAUUCAAAAGUUGAAGAAGCAUUUGUCAUGUUUGAUUGAAUAUCUGAAUGGCUCUCAUGGAAUGUCGACUAUUGCGGAGAUAACAGAAGAAUCGGUGGAAGACGAUCAAAAUAGUCUUGUUGCUAAGAACGCAAAUGUAGGUAAACAGCAUCGGCUUGAAGGCAAAAAAGCGAAUAUUGAAGAAGUGUCAUCUGAUCAGGAAAUUGUUGAAGGUAGUGAGGCUAAGCGGAGCAGACUUCAAUCAAGUGAUGAUGAUACACAAACAUCGGCAUUUGUUGUACCGGGAAGUUCGAUAUGCAACAAGCUGGUAGUGCUGCAAAACAUCACGAUGAAGAAAACUAACCAGAAACUCAACUCGGAUGACGAAAGCGGCGACAGUGCGAAGGAGAACAAAACUGGAACUGGUCAGAAAGAAAACAAAGAGAGAAGCAACAUUUCUCCGGAGAAUAAGUCUGUUAUCAGUGAUACAGAUAGAUCCAGCAGUGAAUCAGAAAAGACAUGCAAAGACACAGUGGAAGUCAAUGGUUGUUCGUCGAACGCAGAAGAUUCCACGACGGAGAAAGAAGACAGCCAGAAUGGUAAUAACAAGCGACAAAACGGCAAGGUUUCAACGCGAAUACGAAAGAAACCUAAAAGAUAUGAAAACCCACUUGAAGAAAUUGACAAAAAUAACAAAAAGAUUGAAUUGAUGAGGCGUUCAACAAAAAUCAAUAAUGAUGAAUCUGUUUCAAGGAUUAACGGAAAGAAAGGAAAACCUAAGGGGAAGCAAGAGCAGAAGAGUAAGGUUUCGACUGGUUCGAAGAAAAGUGCAAAACAAAAUGCGAUGACCUCAAUGGGCAUGACUUCCAAUGAAGUUGAUAAUACGACGUUGAACGAAAGUGUGUCAGUGAAGAGGAAGAAGCAGCGUGGAAACGUACAAUCGAUCUCAUUCGAGGACUCUGAAGAGACGAUAUUAUAUACAAUCGUGGAGUCAUCGGAAUUUAACUAUAGUAAUUUGGAGGAUAGCACGAGUUCGCGACGUACGAAGAGCAUCGUUUCGGAAACAUCUUCAGACGAUGAGAAACCCGCCAGAAAGUCUGUACGGCUUUCCAAAAAGAAGAAAGGCUCCGUUAAGUAGUUUGUUAUUUAAACAACAAUUUGUUUUCAUUAAUUUGUAUAUAUAUAUAUAGUAUAUUCCAAAUGAGAGUAAAUA